AUGUACAUAUGUAUCCAUCGGCUUCUAGUCCCCCAGCACACCACACGCUUGCUGUGUGUAACCAGACACUCGCGCACACACCAUCAUCCUCGUCGACAACAACGCAUGCGCAUACUACCUACUAUACACAUGUACACACACACGCACACGCACCCAUGCCAUGCCUGUGCCUCCGCCUUCACCGCGCUCCCUCCAGGGCCCUCCUGGGCUCACAUACGUAACCUCGCGCUCGUUCCGUGGUAUGAUCCUUUCGUCAUUGCCGAGUUUCCCAGUCGAGACUAUUACUUGCAUUGCUCACUCCCAAGCUGUGAUUGCGUAUCACCGGGAGAGCCAACCAUCAUGGCACCAACAAAGGACGUGUUUUCCCCCACCCGUAUCCCCACCACCCCGAGCCAUGUCCCCCUUCCGGGAUCCCCCUUGACAAAAUUCUACGACUCGUUACGAGGCACCACACCUCGUUUGUUCCCGCCUCUUAGACCAAACCUUAAACCACGUUGUCGUAUUCGCUGA